UCUCAGCACACCCUCUGCUUCCUCUUUUCCUUUUUGGGGCCAGGGAUGGAUGAAUUGGUGGAGCAGGAGCAGGAUGCUGGUUCUGCCUGCAGCCAAUGCUGUGUGGUGCCGUGCUGUUUACCCAGCUUACGCAAGGCAGAGCCGGCCCCUCUUGAGGCAGGAGGUGCUUCCCACGGCUGAAGUUAAAGCACACAGAGCAGUCACUCAGUCUGGCAGUUGCUGGGGCUUUAAAGGAGUUGGUGGAUUUCAGCUGAUUUUAAACAAGAUUGGAGAGUUGGGUUUUUCCUUCUCCACUGUGUAGGAAUACUGCAAGGACACAAAUAUCCUGGAAAUAAUGAAAAAAGUGUGCCACAACUCUUGAUCAGCGACCUGAAGUUUGAGAAGUCCUUAGCUAAGCUCAUGUUUUCUCCUGAUCAAGAAAAUCAUCCAUCCAAAGCACCAGUCAAAUAUGGUGAAUUGAUCGUACUGGGGUACAAUGGGUCUCUCCCAAAUGGAGACAGAGGGAGAAGGAAAAGUAGGUUUGCUUUAUUUAAAAGGCCCAAGGCAAAUGGGGUGAAACCCAGCACUGUGCACAUUGCCUGUACCCCUCAAGCAGCAAAGGCAAUAAGUAAUAAGGACCAACACAGCAUAUCUUACACUUUGUCUCGGGCCCAGACUGUAGUAGUUGAAUAUACUCAUGACAGCAACACAGAUAUGUUCCAGAUUGGUCGGUCAACAGAGAGCCCUAUAGACUUUGUAGUAACAGAUACAGUUCCUGGGAGUCAGAGUAAUUCAGAUACACAGUCUGUGCAGAGCACAAUAUCAAGGUUUGCCUGCAGAAUCAUAUGUGAACGUAACCCUCCAUUUACAGCAAGAAUAUAUGCUGCAGGAUUUGACUCCUCAAAAAACAUUUUUCUUGGGGAGAAAGCUGCAAAGUGGAAGACAUCAGAUGGGCAAAUGGAUGGACUAACAACAAAUGGAGUUCUUGUUAUGCAUCCUCGUAAUGGAUUCACAGAAGACUCCAAGCCUGGGGUGUGGAGAGAGAUUUCUGUGUGUGGGAAUGUCUUCAGCCUCCGUGAAACCAGAUCAGCUCAACAGAGGGGGAAAAUGGUUGAGAACGAGACGAACCAGCUGCAGGACGGCUCCCUGAUCGACCUGUGCGGGGCGACGCUGCUGUGGCGCACGGCCGAGGGGCUGGCGCGCACGCCCACCGUCAAGCACCUGGAGGCUCUGAGGCAGGAGAUCAACGCAGCCAGGCCCCAGUGCCCUGUGGGCUUCAACACGCUGGCCUUCCCCAGCAUGAAGAGAAAAGAUGUUGUAGAUGAGAAGCAGCCGUGGGUGUACCUGAACUGCGGCCACGUGCACGGCUACCACAACUGGGGGAACAAAGAGGAGAGGGACGGCAAGGACCGCGAGUGCCCCAUGUGCCGCUCCGUCGGCCCCUAUGUGCCGCUGUGGCUUGGCUGCGAGGCGGGAUUUUACGUGGAUGCCGGACCUCCCACUCAUGCAUUCAGCCCCUGUGGACACGUGUGCUCAGAAAAGACAACUGCAUAUUGGUCCCAAAUUCCUCUUCCUCACGGUACUCACACUUUUCACGCAGCCUGUCCCUUCUGUGCGCAUCAGCUGGCUGGUGAGCAGGGUUACAUCAGGCUCAUUUUCCAAGGGCCUCUCGACUAACACAGGUGUUCCCAAGGACUGCAGUAAACUGAUAAGCUAAGCGAUUCUCAUUUUUAAACCAACUGUUUUUCGUAUUCUCUGGGCUUUGCUGGUUUGCAUUAAGAUGAAGAAUUUUUUGGUUUUUUUGUUACAACAGCUAAAUCCCUCUUUAUUGUGAAAAGUCUGGAAAUAGAAGAAAUGGGGGGAGAAGGGGGAGACCUGCUUUUUUUGGUUAAUAACUACUUUUGAAGAGGUGAAGGAAGUGUUGUAGAGUGAACUUCAAUGCCUUCAGUUUAAGGGUUUUUGAAUCACAUGCCCACAGUGUUUGAAAGGUGUUUCAUUCUUUUUGUAUAUGGAGGGUAAAUAGUUCAAAGAACAUUAGUUUACAGCUUGGAUGCAAACAUUGUAAAAUAUAACAUGUAUAUUAACUCUUUUCUAUUUAUCUUUAUUAUUGAAAAUAUUUAGAAUGUUUAGAGAGUAGCAUGGUUAUAGUGUGUUACAUCCAGCAAUUGGAUGUGUAGAGUAGUUCUGGAUGGAAAAGAACGUGGGAUGAAAAUGGUAGAAAAAUCUUUUAAUCUAAAAUACUGAGUUCUUAGAAUAGUUAAAUGCUUUUUAAACGAAGCUAAUGCAAAUUAUGAUGGCAUAAAGUUGUGCUUUAACCGUGUUGAAAGGUAGCUAAGAAGGACUCCUUAAACUGUCUUUUUGGUAGGACUGUGCUUAAGAUCUGGUUAUGAGGAGAAUAUUUACCAGACUCUUCGAAUAUGCAACUUAGUCUAGAUUAAGGAUUUUUUUCUCCCUUCACGCUAACACUUCUCUUUAUUUAGCAUUAGUGACAUUUGUGAGGGUUUUUCCAAUGUUAAACAUGAACAGAUGAGAAAGAUGAGGCUUGUUCUGUUCCUUGCUGUGUGGGGGUGGGGACAGGGCAGAGGUGGAUGCACCUGGGCAUGUGUGUGGGGAGCAGUUUGUGACUUGGCCACAGUCCCAGCCUGAGAGGGGUUUGUCAGCUGGAUGCUCAGCAGCCUUCCACCUGCUGGCUGCUGGGGGGGCCUCAGGCCUGGCCUCUCCCCUCUGCCAGGUGCAGGUGCUCAUCUGGGCCACAGGUGGGACCCAGGUGGAGCCUGGUAGCCAGGGCAGGUGUCCCUGCAUCCUCGGGCAGUCUGUUGGGAGAGCUGGGGCUGGGCUGGGCUCAGACCCUCACUGGGAGAUGCUGCUGUGGGCUCUGCUUUCUCUGGUCUCUGCUCUCUUCUUCCUCCCCCUCCUUCCCCUCUGGAUCCACCAGAAAAGACCACAUGCAGCUCUGCUGCCAGCCCACUGUGCUUCAUGGCAACCUGACCUUUUUAGCAUUGAUUUGAGCUUUUUUGGCCAGCUUCGUUCAUUUUUUUCAAAUAUGUACUGUAUAAUUGGCAGUAAGAAAAUUUCUGUACUUUAUAGCAAAGCUUUUGCUUUUGUUUUUCUUUGAAGCUCUUCUAAAAUUUUCUUUGUUUAAAGAGACCUGUGUUGCUUAGAUGUCAUGAAUUAUUUACUUUGACUGUCAAUUAUUUCUCCGUUUUUAAAAAGAAAUGAUAUAUAUUGUUUGGUUCACUCAGGAAAUGCAUGUGUCAGGAAACCUGUACUAUAAGUUCAGUUAGCUGUCAUGUACAAGCAACUGCUGUUACUCCCUUUCCAUAGAAAUAUAACUGAUUUUGACAUUUUCCAGAUUAUAUGCAUUAAGUCAUGAAACUUAUGCAGCAAGAAAUCCCUGUAUUGUAGUUGUUCUAAUCAUCUUAUUCAAACUAUAGUAUACUGUAGUUUUAAUUUUUAUUUGCAAAUUAAUUUAUUUAAACUACGUGAGUAAACACUUUUCAAAAACAGAAAUUCUGGGAUUGUGGCUUUGUUUUCAAGAGAUGGAAAAGGGCUGGAGAUGGCCCUUCUCUUGUCACCUCAGGUGUCCCUCUGUUCUGCACAUAUGGAUUAAGAGCACAGAGAAGCAGCAGCUGUAAAGACUCUGGAUGUUUUCCCUGGUAAUGGCUUUCAAUGGCUCCUUUUAGAUGUGUCCUCUCCAUGUGUUUUAUAUUUAACUCUGUGUUAAAGGUGAGAUUGCUGUUUAAAUGACACACUUAAAUGAGUAAGUUACAAAUACUGAAAUGUAAGCAAAAACUGAACUAAAUUUUAAAAUGACAAAGA